UCGAGAUCUUGCAUGGCCUUUUGGCUCUCAGCAUACAUCGUACCUUCACGGGCAAGUCACCGUCAGAGAGGAAGAGACCAUGGUUACAGACCUAUUGCGGAGUGUCUUCACUCCUGACAUCGAGCAUGAUGUCCGAGAGCCAGUGUUUCGGUUUACAGUCUCCCAAUCAGCGGCAGUGGGUCUUAUUCCACCUCACCCUACUGUCAUGUGUGCACUCUUACCACUGACAUUGGUGAUUAUCUCGACAGUCAAUGCUGUUGUUGCUGUGGCUACAUACACCAUUGUCAUUAGAAGAAGAGGUUCAAUAGAGUCCCGCUUGGGAGGAUACGGUGCCAUUCUACCGGUUGUCGCUAUUCUACCCUUCUGCCUUGUGGAUUGGCUGCAAACCCACAAUCUUGUAAUCUUUGUAGGAAUCGGAGGCAACUGUGCUGUCUUGUUCUUCCGAUGUUUGAUGGCAAUUCAUGGCACCCUGCCACCCUACGCCGACGUCGAUUUCAAGAGCUUUGUGCUAUUCUUCAUUUCGCCAGUACAGUUCAAAUUCGACCCACAGACUGGCCAAGUUUUGAAAUCUUCUACUGCAGACUUUCUACAGGUUUUGCUUAGAACUUGUCAAACCAUUGCCAUAGUGUCGGUCCUCUUGCCCUUGCUGAUCCAACACUCCUUUCAAUUGUUUCCAAGAAGACCUGACUUGAACAACAAUUUCUUUGACCUCUUUCACUGGUCCCAUUUGUUAAACAACUAUGCAGUUGCAUCUAUGACAGGGCAUGGGCUAGCCGCGGCAUCACAGCUCGUGGGAACAACAAUUCAAGGCUUGACAGGGAUGGCUGUCAUUGAGCUCUGCGACAGCCCACUCACAAAAUCUACCAGCUUGUCUGACUUUUGGGGCAGAAGGUGGAAUUUAUUGGUCCAUAUUGUGCUGAAGGGCGGAGUAUACAAGCCACUCCGGAAAAAUGGAUACCGCGUGGGUGUUGCAGCGGUCGCAACCUUUGUCGUCAGUGGUCUACUGCACGAGUAUCUUUUGUAUCUUUUCUCCAUGAAAGCAAGAAUCUUGGGAGAUGAAAAUUCAGCACCUGCCAUACGAUAUGGGAUCCAAUCUGCCUUUUUUGCCUGGAAUGGUUUUGUCAUGUUGGUGGAGAAUGCGGUUUCAAAGCACCCCCUCAUUGUGUGGAUGUCCAACAAUCUACCUCGCCCCCUCAUCACCGCCUUCGUGAUUGGCACAGUUCUACCAGUUGGACAUUGGUUUACGGAUGAGUACGUGAAAAUUGGCUUUUUUGAAGAUUUGUCACUCGGUAUGCCCAUGCUAGUGUGGAUACCUUCAGAAGGGGGAAACGAAUGAAAGAAAGACAACACUCCAGAUUCUCUGUGAAGAUGAUUCGAAAGAACAUGGAUUUCUCCUUUUAGUCGCAAUUCGUCGGUCAGACUACAGGAAGGACCCCCAUCGAUGGACGCCGUGUGGAACGCCCAACACAAGACAGGGCGACCCUUGUGCUCCAUACAUAGUGGAGCAGCCUUGUUCGAUAGAAAUCUUGCAAUGGUCAGCACACCUCUUGCCCAUGCAUCCCUAAAUCAUCAACAACUCUGAAAUCCUAUGAAACGGUAGACGUUAUUGGUUGUUUCGAUCGUAUAAGUGACCUACUGACUAGAAGUGGCUGCCAUGGCAGUAGGGGGAAACCUCGGAGGGUACGAUGAAUUCGAUGGCUAGAGUAUUGCAUACCCCGACGCUUAGAUAAUCGUUCCAUCUAUCAAACCACCACCUUUGUGGCCCUUAAUACCGUUCCAACAGGCUUGAACAAAACAAUGUUUUCCGCCUGCCCCGCCUCUACAAUGUCAAAUUUGUAGUCCCGACACAGCCGGGCCAAAACUUCGGUUGUUUCUGCCAUGGCCAGGGACUGUCCCUGGCAGUUUCGUUUGCCCGCCACAAAGUUGACGAAAGCCUUCAUUUGCUCGGGACUCGGGUUCUCCCAUCGCUCCGGAACAAAGUCAUUGGCGUUGCUGCCAAAGACUUGUGGAUUCCGUUGGACCGCAUAAAUUGGAAUCAGGACAAUGGAUCCCUUGGGGAUAAGUCUACUCGCACUACCCGGUACUUUCAUGUCUUCUCCCAACACUCGUACGGAUCCCGUGGCAGCGGCUGGGUACAGUCUCAUCAUCUCUUUGGCGACAUGUUUGACGGCCACCCGCGCUUCUUCCGGUGUAUGGCACUGCUGCAGAGUUUCUCUCAGCUUGGUUUGCUCACUUUGAUUCAGGGCCAGCUCUCGAAAACCAAAGGCUAGAGUAUUGGCGGUGGUAUCGAAUCCAGCAAUGCAGUAAGCGACCAUAUCACAGACUCGUUCGUCGUCAUUCUCAUAGGCGGUAUCGUUGUGAAUCAUGUGAAUGAUUUUGUGCGGUUGCGGAUU